AUGGACGACUCCGAGAAAUUAACGGCUUUGAAGAAGGCUUACGCCGAUAUCAUACUCAAUACGGCGAAGGAAGCUGCUGCGAGGAUAAUGGUUUCCGAGAGAAAAUCUAGUCGAUUUCAACAAGAGCUUGCUUCUACUAAAGAUGAAGCGCUUCACAUGGUUCUUAGACUCAAACAAAUGCUUGAUUCUAAGGUCAAAGAAGCAGAACUGACAUCAUUGAGUCAGCAAAAGAAGAUUGAGGAGCUUGAAGCUCAGCUACAGGAAGCCGAGGAAAUAGUUAGAGAUCUUCGGGCUGAGUUGAGAGAAACACAGGCUGAGCUGGAGAAUGUUACAAAAAAACACGAAAUGCAUCCCCCAGUCGAACAAAUUAUGAAGGAUGAAAUUGCAGCUAAUGGAAGGUUUCUGCAGGAGAACAGACUUGAACCUUCUGAUGCAACUGUGCAUUCUGAACCCAAUUUACAGUUUGAAUCGGUCUCAGUUUCUGAUGCUAUGUGCCCUACUGUAAAUGGAAUAGAUAAUGGAAGUACGUUCUGUGUGUCUCGUGAUCAUGCAAACAGUUUCUAUAUUCAUAAUCCAGAUUUUGCAUCUAUAGUCAUUAGGAGGAAAGAGCCCGAGCUCUACAGAAAUGGAUGUACUCAGAGAAUACGAGCACUUGAAAGGAGCCUUUUUGAUGGAAAUGUAUCUGUUUCAGGAGAUUUAGAUAAUUCACGGGAUGAAACUUUAGCUGAGGCACAAGAAGAAGGUAAGGAAGCAACUGUUGCAGCUAAUGGCAAAGCCAAUAUUAUUUGCGAAAAUGAAAAACCAGAUGAACUUGAAGUUGUAAAAGAAGGCGAUGACCUUGUCAAAGAUCUAGUUCGGAAAAAACACCUAAGAUUUAGGAAGAGGAGGACUCAUCUCUCUAGAUUGCAUUCUGACCAGGUUAAGGAAACAACUAAAGAAUCAUAUUUGUCUGAUGCCAAAGAUUCUCCUCAUGUAUUGGAUGACAAUGAUGCUUCCAAGGUGAAUUUUUCUAUAGCACAUGAAAAUGAUCUAAUGUCUCCUUUGGUCGAAGCACCCACUGAUGCAGCUGCAAGAGUUGAGGAACCAGAUAAACUUCAAGUGGUUAAAACAGGUGCCGACCUUAUAAAAAAUCUAAUUCUUAGAAAACGCAAAAGGUUUAGGGUGAGGAGGACUCGUCGAUCUAGAUUGCAUUCUGAUCUGGUUAAGGAAGCAAAUAAAGAAUCAAACCUGACUCGUGCAAAAGAUUCUGAUCAUGUAUUAGGUAACAAUAACAAUGACCGUCCUAGGGUGAAUUCUUCUGUGGCACAUGAAAAUGAAGCUCAGAAGGAUCUAAUGUCUCCUUUUGCCAAAGCACCCAAAGAAGCAACUACAGCAGUUGAGCAGUUGGGAUCUCAUACCAAUACUGAAAAAGGGGAAAUAUUUCUUAAAGGCUGCAGUUCUAAGAACAAGAUUGAAGAUGAUAAGGAAUCAUUGGAUAAAUCAGAUUUGACAAGACAAGAGAGUUUGUCUACUGAAAGUAUAAAGGUUCAAAGCUGUAAAGAUGCUGUUGAGGCAACUGCUGGGUCACCAGAUAAAAUGGACUCAAAAGUAUCCAAUAAAGACGAGAAAGUUUCUACUCGAUUCGCAAAUGAUAAGCUUCUCAAGUACACAUUCCAAAGAAAGCGUAAGAAGGGGUCUGUUAGCAGCGGUGAUGUAGGCUGCUCUCCAGAUGAUAGCAAUUCAAAGAAAAUUUGUGGAGAGAAGCAAAAUGGCCAUGCGGAGCCUCAAAAAUCUUGUACAAUGACCGAGUCAUCUCGGGAGAGCCGACGACUAGCACAAGUUGCUCGCCAGCUUAUAUCCUUGUCUGAGAAGAAAUGGUGGCAGUGA